UGGUGGUUUUGACAGAAACAGUCUGUGGCCACUGCUACUCCCUACUUUGUCCUUACUGUGGCUCUUCCAACCCUCUCUAUGGGGGUUUUGCCAAUUUGGGAGUACCCUUAAAAUACCAUUUCUCAACCCUUACAAAUCCUAUUGUGACUUGACCAAGAAACAUUAAAAGGGAAGAAUCACAUUACUACUCCUUACUCCUUAGUCCCCCUACAAAUAUCCACUACACAUCUUGAGAUUUCUACCAAAGUACUCUCCAGUCUCAUCCUCUCCUUUCUCAAUAUUCCCUUUUCUUUCCUCUAUAUUAGCUUCUGCUGUGACCCAUGGACAGACGUCGCCGGAAGCAAGCCAAGACAGUCAAGAAUGUUUCUGAAGUGAGUAGCAUUGAAUGGGAAGUCAUAAACAUGACAGAACAAGAAGAAGAUCUCAUCUAUAGGAUGCAUAGACUCGUCGGAGACAAGUGGCAUUUGAUAGCAGGGCGUAUUCCAGGAAGAACAGCAGAAGAAAUAGAGAGGUUUUGGAUAAUGAAACAAGGUGAAGGUGGCAGUAGAAGAAAAGAGAGACAAUCUCAGAGUUCAAAAAGCUAGUUUAGUAGUUUCCAUUUUCUCUGCUUCUUCUUUCCAUUCAUUCUUAGUUUUGUUUUUUUGUUUUUUUGUUUUUUUUGUUUUGGUUUUUUUUUUUUUUGUUUUUUUUUCUAUUGUAGUCAUUGUAUUACCCCUAAUCUUAUCUGUUUGGUUCUGGGGAAUUCUAAAGGAGGGAGGAAAUUUCACAUUCUCUCAAUCACAUUAUCCAUUCUGUAAUGGGUUUGUGAGCUCAUAUAAUUUCUUGAAACCGCAAGUCAACCCUUUUGAUUUAUA